AUGGCUGAUCACAUACGCCUGGCUCGGCAUCGGAUCCGGAAAUUUGUGCGCUUGCACUCGCUGGUUGCAGCGACUGGGACGACUUGGUCAGAACUGCCGAUGCUGCGUGCAACAAGCCUUGCUGCCACCUGUUUCCUUACUGCCAAUGUGCUGCAUGCUGCAUCUUGUAGUUUUGCGUUUUGCUGGAGCAAGGAAGGCGUGAUAAAUCAGUUCUUCUGCGUCCAUCAUUGGAUGGACUUGCAGUACUUCUACCAGACGAGGAAGUUGCGCAUCCUAGUUGUUUGUCAGCAAUCGGGCUCAGCUGCAUUCCCUGAUCCAUUCAACCUUCUGCAAUGGCCGGGAGACCACCUUCCCGAUUGCAUCCAGGAGUACUUCGGGGCCGACCUCGCGUUCUUCUUUCAUUGGUUCAACGCGUACACGCGCUUUCUGGUUUAUCCUGCCCUGCUGUCCGCACCGAUCCUGGUACAAGACGCCUUUUUCAAGGAGUCGGUUCCAGAAACUGUGCGCUGGGGAGAGUAUGUGGCUUUCUCAAUCUUUUUGGGAGUCUGGUCCACUGCGUUUCUGGCCAGGUACAAGCAGUUGAAGAAUCUCAAGGUCCUCAAGUGGGGCAUGAAGCACCACGAUCGUGGCGUAGCCGAAAUCCGCAGGCAAUUUAGCGAUGCUUACAGAGACAGCUGGGGGGAGUAUUGCCAGCAGUGCUUCCACUGGAUUCUCUGUGCCGCCUUCAUGGCUGAAACGGUUUUCGUGACUCUCUUUGUCAGCCGCUUGCGAGUGGAUGCCCAGGAGGAUCCCAUGGGGCGAUCCUAUGGUAUCCGGCACGAAGACUUGCAAGCAUAUGGGAAGUUCCUCAUCACAGCGAACAUUAAGAUUGUUGACUACAUCUGGACCUAUCUCUCCACAAACCUGUCCAAGAUCGAGAAUUGGAGGACACAUGCAGAGCUGCGCAACAAGGCUACAGAGAAGCUGUUCGCGGUGAAGUUCGUUGUUUAUUACUAUCCUUUCCUCUACACGAUUCUUGUCAAGCCUGUCGUACGCAGCGAUGUGGACAUCUCCUUAUGCUUCAAGGCAUUAAGCAGCGAUUUGCGACUCUUCUUCUUCACGCAGAUUGCUAUGGAGGUGAUGUCUUUGUUCAUUUCCGUGAUUAUCUCUUGGUUCAAGGUUGCAUCUGAACAAAAGAAAGCUGGCAACAAGGAGUACUCGUACCUCGAAUACCAGGCCAAAUGUCCUGAAUAUUCGGAUGAGGAUUUCAUGUCGGACGUGCAACUUCAAGUGAUCAACUAUGGCUUCUUAGUAAUGUUUGGAGUCUGCUUGCCUUACGUGUGCUGCAUCUGCUUCUGCGUCAACUUCCUGUUCAAGCGCAUGCUAGCGUACAAGGUCUCCUACAUAUACCAGAGACCAAGUCCCUUUGGGGCUGAAGGCUUUGGUGGAGAGGACCUCAUUAUCCUUCUUUCGUGGAUCGGGGUAAUCUUCAACUCCUACCUUGUAAUCUUUGUCUCCCCGCUGUGUGGUCACUUGAGUUCGCACCCAAGCUUGGAGAUGUUUGGAGCCUGUAGUUUGUUGUUCAAGCGUGGUUGA